UCUGAUAUAAGAAAAAAAUAAUAAUGCUCGAGUCAAAUCCAUUUGCUUAUUGAGAACCUAAACAGAGGUUUCUUGAAAAUAUGGAUGCGGUUGUUUUCCAUUCUCAUUCAGUCUUCAAUUUUCCUUCUUGUUUAUCUUUCAACAGGCAGCUUAAUCUGAGAAAAUUCUCCUGCUCUUUCAAAGAUGGGCCUUCAACCUUUUCUUGGCAAAAACGCGUCCUUCAAUUAAGUAUUUCUAACACAAAAUCUGAUGGAAGUAGAAGAGGCAGAUCUCCAAGGAAAAGUUCUUCACCAGGAAAGAGAAAAAAGGAGGAUAAGAGUGAAAAGUAUCAAUUUUCUGACGGCAAACUCCCCAGGUCACCUGAAAAAGAUGAGAUUAUUGCCCUAUUCAGACGGAUACAUUCCUCAAUCUCAAAGGGAGAGGCUAAGAGUACUCAGCAGACAGACAUCAACUUCUCUGAGGACAAGUCCCCAACUGAAUCAAUUCUGGAGGCUCUUCGCCAAUCAAGGAAGCCAGUAAAAGGAAGGGAACAGGAUAGAGUGUCAAUGCAGAAACGAGGUGUGCCUAAAGAGGGUCCUAAACUACAAAAUAAUGCCCAACAUAUGGCAGCAAAAUUUAACUUUACCCGACCACCAUCUAAAUUUAUUAGGAGGUCCCCAAUAUCUUCUCCGUCAUUUCCAAGAGGAAGCCCUACUGAGUUGAACAAUGAUCCAUCAGCAUCCACAGAGAGUGAUAAGGUGUUGGAGUUGCCACAAAUAGAGGAAAUGAAGCUGCCCGAGCUGAAGGAACUAGCCAAGUCCAGAGGAAUUAAAGGUUACUCGAAGCUGAAGAAAGGUGAGCUUUUGGAAUUACUCAGAUCCUAAAAACUAAAACACAUACUAGCAGCUGGAAGUUAACAGAUGUUAAAGCAAGAAAAUCCAAGAAUUUUUCAUUCAAUUGCAGCUUCUUUUCUUGCCCUUUUUUCAAAUUCUGUUUACAUAGGUAUAAGAUUGCUUUUCCAUUGGAAUCGGCUGAACGAUGUCUAUUUAGUUCUUUGUUCUGUUGAUUGUCCUUGUUAUUGAGGUUGUUUGUGUUCGUUCCA